UUUUUGUGCAUCCAAGCUGUCCAUUGCUGCAUCCGUAGAUGAAGCUAUGCCACUUCCCCCCACUGACCCACUUAUCGAUUCCUCUCUCUCUCUCUCUCUCUCUCUCUCUCUCAUGCCCAAGCCAACUGGCAUUUUUGAUUCAUUCGCAUACUGAUAAAAUAAGAAAACGGAUAGAGGGGAUUAGGACAAAAACAGUCUAGGAUUUGAGUGUCAUCUCUCUCUCUCUCUCUCUCUCGCCACUUUUCUUAAAUUCUACUACUUAUAUGGAGGACAACAAGAAAGAGCAAGCGUAACUCAUUUAAUUCCCAUUUUGGUUCUCAUAAAGGUGCCUACCCAAGAAAACCCAUUUGGAGUUUUGGUUAGCAGAGGAAGUUAGAGGAGGCAAAGGAUGAAUAUAUCAUCUUCCCACAAUGGGAUAAGUGCAGAGAGUGAAUCCGGUUGGACAUUGUACUUGGAUCAAUCCUACAAUUCUGCGAGUGAUUGCCAGAGAGGUAGUGGAAUUGGAGAGGAUGAAUACUGCAGAGAAAGGAGGACAAAGGUGGAGGACGAUGAUGAAGAGGAGGAUUUGUCCAUGGUGUCUGAUGCUUCCUCUGGGCCUCCGCAUUUCCAUGAAGAAGAAUACUGCUUCAAUGAAAAUGGGUGUUUCUAUUCUGCUUCCAAUUCAGCUUCACAAUUGGGGAAGAAGGGUGACAAGAAAAAGAAAAACAGAGAACAGAGAGGGAAGCAGAGGCAUUCUUAUCUUGAUGACACUGCAAGCUCCCCUGCCAAGAGCUUUUCCAAGAAGAAAAUCAGUAAUGGACAAGCUUCAAUGCACUUGGAUUUCUCACAGGGCUACUCUGCAACACAUUUGAAGGGACCAGAAUCGUUCCAGAAGCACUUUGGUUUCUUGCAGCCAUCUUUUUCUGAGAAGCCAACCUCUGAGGAUCCAGGUAGUUUUCAGGGGAAGUGGGAAUGAGAUAUCUUCUUCUCAGGUGCUCGAGCUUCAAGACACAAACGUGAGAGGGAAAAUGCAUUGGAUCACAAAAGGGAUUUUGUUCCCUUCUUCUUCUCCUUCUUUCUUUCUUUCUUUUUUCUUUCUUUCCUUUUAUUUAUUUUUUUUUUCCCAAUGUCUAGUUUUCAUUUGUUCCUGGAAAACAACCUGAGAAUAGAAAUUUUAUAAAUUUCUUGCUUUUA